UUGCUAUGAUGGAAUAUGCCGAGAUCGGGAUAGACAAUGUGUAGAGUUAUUUGGAAAAUUUUCUAGGAGUGCUUCUUAUCUGUGUACACAGGAAAUAAAUUCUCAAGGUGACAACUAUGGAAACUGUAUUAGGUCCUGUAAUUUUAGGCAUGUCCUUUGUGGAAAAGUAGUUUGUCACUGGAUGAGGUCAGAAGUAAUACCAAUGAAAGAUUAUGAUAUGCAGUAUACCUACCUGGGAGGUCAAGUAUGUGUGUCUGCACAUUUAAGAAAUACUUCAAGAAAGGAUAAUACCUAUACAGACACGGGUAGUAUUUGUGGUGAAGAACAGGUUUGCAAUGAUCAUUUUAAUUGUCACUGUGAUGUUGGAUAUUCUCCUCCGACUUGUGAACCAGCACCAUCAUCACCAGGAGGAAGUAUCGAUGAUGGAUAUUGGAUUGCAACAGACAGAAGUACACCCUUGCUUGUAAAACAAGCUACUUCUCCAAAAAAUGGCCUUUUGAUCAGUUUCUACGUUUUUCUACCUUUCCUAAUUCUAACUGCCAUCCUUGUUCUUAAAUGGAAUAAAAUGAAGGGAUUUUGGAACAGAGUGGGAACAGUAAGCAGCAAAUCGCCAUUAGAAGACAACAGUAGUGACAGCGCCCAGUCGUACAGUUACAGUCACGAUCUUACCAUGAUCACGCUGGGUGCCUUCACGAACUCCCCACCACCACCACCACCACCACCACCACCUAACUUUAGUAAUUUGCUCCUCAAGCAAUAUUGA